AAGCAGCAGCAGUUUUCCAGAAAAAGCAGACAUAGCGGAGGAAAAAUCAAAAGUUCAGUUGCAGUGGAGCCAAGCGGAGAUCUUGGCUCUUCUCUCAGAGGUACAAGUGAGAAAGGAGGAUUUUGACAAUCCAAUUGUGAGGAAGUAUGAGAUCUGGGGGAAGGUUGGGGAGGAGAUGAGCGCUGCUGGAUAUAACAAAUCGCCCACUGCAUGCCAAAAGAAGUGGAACAACUUGAAAAUUCGCUACAGGUCUAUCAAGGACAACAUGGGGAAAUCUGGGGCGGGCAGGACAACCUGGGUUUACUUCGACAAAAUGAAUGAAAUUCUCCACCAGGACAGAUCUACCGAACCUGCAGCUACCAGCAGUUCAUAUAAUAAUGGUCAAUCAGCUACUCCUAAGAGAAAGGAGGACAAAUCACAAACAGAAACCUGCACCAAGAAACAGAAGAAGACAAACAAGCAGAUGCCGGGUUGGUUUGAAGAUUAUCUGAAGGAACAGAAGGAGGACCGGGAUAAGGAGCGGGAGGAAAUGAGGAAAUUUCGAGAGGACAUUGUGAAAAACAUGGGAGAAAAAAAUUCAAUUCUAAGAAAUCUUACAGAAAUCUUAUCAAAAUCUCUGAAAUAAUUAGAUGAUGAUUUAAAUCAUUUCAACUUUAGAGCUAUGUAAACUUUGACUCUUAAUCAAUUAACAUAGAUCUACUAGUAAUGCACUUUGAAAUGAAACAUUCCUAAUUGUUUACUUGUCUGUCUGAUAAAAAUUGAUCUUGC